AAUCACUCAAAACACUCAUCAAUGAAAUCUGAUCAGCGGUAGCUUUUUUUUUUUCUUUCUGAAGGAACAAAAGUGAGCAAUAGCUAGCGGUACAUCUCUCUCUGUGGCAAUGGAUCAAGCGAGGAUCUCGUUCUUCCCGGAUGGUCUCCGUGUGAUGAUCAUCGACGACGACGCAAAGGCCGUCAGAAGGGCAACGGCGACGUUGUCCCAACUGCAGUACGCAGUGGUGGCGACGCACUCCACCGCAAGCGCUGGUCUGCGUGCCCUCUCCGGCGACAACGUGGUAGAAAUCCAAGCCAUCCUCUGCGAUGUCCACAAGGUGGUCUCCUCCGGCUUCGACUUCCGCCGCGUCGUCGAGUCCGAGCUUCGCAUCCCCGUCAUCUACCUUCUGUCGAAGAUGGAGGAGGAGGACAUGGUCGCCGGCGAGGACGCGGAGUUCCUGAACCACCUCCUGCUGACGGCGACCUACAUCGUCAGGAAGCCGCUCAACCCCACCGUGAUGGCCCGGCUGUGGAGGGUGGUGGCAUGGCGCAUGUACUGCCUGGAAGAAAGGAUUCAGGCCAAUGUCGCUGCCAAUGCUGGCGCUGGUGGCGAAGACGACGACGACGACGACGACGUAGUUAUCGUCGAGGAGCCCCAAGUGCACUUCAAGGUGGUGAGAAGAACGUCCGGUGGCAGCAGGAAGAGGCAGCUGACAAUCAACGUCGUCGACGACGGCAACCGCGGCAGCGGCAGCGGCGGCGGCGGCGGCGGCGGCGCAGAUGCCAACCCAACCAGGAUACUGCAGCACAUCACUAGCAACUUACAGGAAUUCCGCACGAAGCACCAGAAGAAGGACAUGGCCAUCGAGCGUCCCCUCAUCUCGUCGGACUCCAUGUUCCUCAAAGCCAUCCUCCCGACGCUCAAAAUCUCACCAUGCAACCCCCUGACCCUCACUGGCGGCAUCGGUUCAAGCAGUGUCGCCGCGGAGGCCUUCGCUGGCGGCAGCUCUUCAGCUGCACCACUUCAAAUUCCAGUUUUCCAGCAGCAAUCCACCGGCAAUGGCAACACGGUGAUUAGCUUCAGCAACAAUGCUUCACCGAUGGCCAUGCGUGCGCCAACCGACAAUACUAUGAUAUCGUUCAACAAUGUCUCUGCUGCGCCGGUCGCCAAUGCGGUGAUCUCCUUCAGCAACAUUUCUAGGUCUGCUGCCAUGCAGGCACCAGCGGCAAGGGGGCAACAUCUGUCCGGUGAUGUCCAGCAGCUGGAUUUUCCCCAGCAGAAGCUGUACUUUGGGCCCUUCUCCUACCAAGGGCCUCCGCCACCUUCCAUGCACAACCACAUCAACCUACUCCCGCCGACGUCCUCCCCUGUGACCUGCUCCAUGGACAAAGGCAAGGUUCCUAUUAUCGAGCUCCCAUAUGGGAUGCCUGUGGAUGACUUCCUCGUCAGUCAAACCACAUAUGGCGGUGCCGGACCAUCCAUCGGAGCCACUGACGCUGCUGCCGCUGCGUACCCUUACACAGAUGCACCGAGCAAUAACGUUGCAACUGGCUGUCUCAUGGUGCCACCAAUGGGGCCAGCAUUCAGUAUCACUGAGCCAACUGUGGUGGCCCAAGGUGAGGGCACCGGCACCGGUGUCGACGCCGGCACAUCAGAGAAGAACGCGAUAGUAGAAGCACCAAACAACCCCGCGCCAUUAAUGGUACUGGAUCAGGUUGCUGCUGAUGCUGCAAUGGAUGUUCAAGAAGACAUCAUGUUCUCUUUGGAAUCUCUUCUGGGGCCGGACUAUGACCUGCUACCUAUGGAAGACGUUAGUGCUCCGGACACCGCUGCAGCCGGUGAUGCAGCUGGUGGCUCACUGGACGGAGAGGAAGGCGGCAUGGACAUUGGUUGGGAUCUCGACCUGGAUGACAUCCUGGUGGAGAACGUUAAUGACUUCGCGUUCCUGGACAACCUUGCCGGGAGCGAGUAGUCAGUAGUCAUCUCAUCGCAAAUAUAUUAUCUCAAGUUAAUUAAGCUAGAGAUUAGAGAGAGGGGAUGUGUGCUCAGUAUGAUAAAACAACUUUUAGUCUUUGUUGCAAGUACUCUAAACAUUGAUGAUUUUUCCUCCGUUAUCAUGCCAGGAAUGUGAACUUUUAAAACUCCAAAUUCCUA